AUGCCUUUAGUGAAAGCUGCAUCUCAUCUAUUAUUAUAUUCUUUUGCAUUUGGUGGCUCUGCUUUUUAUUCAUAUGUAGCAUCUCCAAUCGCAUUCAAAGUGUUAGCUAGAGAUCAAUUUUCUAUCUUACAGAGUAAAGUGUUUCCUAGUUUUUUUGCAAUGCAAGGGUUUUCGCCAAUGUUGCUUGCUUUGACUGCCCCUAUGCCAUUAACUAUGGCACCUGCAUUAGCAUUAUCUGCAGCAUCUGCUAGUGGUUUACUUAAUUUGUUUUGGUUAUUACCAUGGAAUAGAAAAGUUAAAGAACAAAGAUUAGAACUUAAAACUAAAUAUAAGGAUGACCCAGAGAAAUUAGAAGAAUUAGAUAAAGCGUUAAGAACAGAAUUUGGGAAAUCUCAUGGUAUAAGUUUAUUAUUUAACGUCUCUCAUGUGAUUAGUUUAAUAGUUUAUGGUGUCUAUCUUUCUAAGGGACUAUUACAUUUUAUACCCAAAUGA